GGAGAAGCCCUUACGGGAAUUUCCCAAAGACAGUUUCCUUGCACCGUCACGGCCCCCUUGUCUCCAAGUUGUCUUCGAUUUCUGUGAUCCACUGAUUUUUUUUUCUCCUUAUGCCCAAACGAGGCAUUUUAGAUUGAAAUCUGCGGAAAUAUUGGGAAACUAAAUCUUCUUGUUGAAAAAGUACCCUAAACUUGUUUCUCAAUUCUCGCAUCCACUUCCCCCCCCCUCUCUUAUAUAAGAUUUGUCAUCACCUGCAGCAGAUUCCGGUCCCAAAGCGUCCGCCUUUCUCACGGUUCUGGUGUUUUUCCUCGAGGCUGAGUUGUCUGUCUUCUUGGAGGCAUAGAAUCUCUAUGGGAGAAGCACCGGCUUUUCUUGUUGACCCUCUGCUCACCGGACAUUCCAAUGGUUUCGGUGCAAAAUCCGAAUCCGAACACAGUGCAAUAUCAGUCGAUGUCGGCGAUCGAUCGUAUGUGAUCGGUCGAACUCACAAAGCCCUCGGCGUUCAGAUUCAUGACAAAAGCUCGAACGACUGGGUUAGUCCUACUGUGCUGGGAACGAGCCCUAAGCCUUGCAAGGGCUACUCAGCCGUUCUGCUAAAAGAAGGUAGGAUCUUGGUUAUCAAGAAAGGGUCAGGUCCUGAUGACUCCAUCUGGUUCCUCGAGGUGGACACUCCUUAUGUCCGGGUACAAAAGAAGCUAUUGGGAGUGGAGGUGGUUGCAUGGAGUAAGGGUGUGACGGGCAUAGCCGAGAAGCCGGUUGUCGUAAGCGGUCCUUCCGGUGUUGGAAAGGGAACGCUCAUUUCGAUGCUUAUGAAGGAGUUCCCUUCCAUGUUUGGGUUCUCAGUUAGCCACACAACUCGAGCUCCCAGGAACAUGGAGAAAAACGGUGUUCAUUAUCAUUUCACCGAGAAAAGUGUUAUGGAGAAAGAAAUCAAAGAUGGGAAGUUUCUGGAGUUUGCUUCUGUUCAUGGCAAUCUGUAUGGAACCAGCAUUGAAGCUGUUGAGGUGGUGGCCGACUCGGGAAAGAGAUGCAUCCUUGACAUAGAUGUUCAAGGGGCAAGAUCUGUGAGGGCAAGCUCUCUUGAUGCCAUAUUCAUUUUUGUCUGUCCUCCAUCAAUGGAGGAACUUGAAGACCGUCUCCGUGCCCGAGGAACCGAGACAGAAGAGCAGAUCCAGAAAAGGCUUAGAAACGCAGAUGCAGAGAUAAAAGAGGGGAAAUCCUCCGGAAUCUUUGAUCAUAUCCUCUAUAACGACAACCUCGAGGAGUGCUACGAGAGCCUUAAGAAACUCCUGGGGCUUGACGGAAACGUUCCAUUCAACAACUUGGAAGCUGUGGAAGGGGUCAAUCUUCCAGCAGAGCAUAAGGUGUCAAAGAUGGAAAACAAGAUCACGAUUCAAGAGACCGGGAAGGCGGCAGAGAAGAGGGUCGUGUUGGAUUUGUCGUUGCUCAACGGAGGAGCACCGGGCAGAACGAGGGGGAUAGUGGUAGACGCUAUUGAACUGAGCUAACGAAGAUUUUUUUGGAAUCUCGAGUUUAGAGAUCGAAACGGGUAGGGAGAAAGUUUCAGAGUAGAUGAUGAUGAUGAUGAUGUUGCCAUGUUGCAUUUGUUACCAUUGAUUUGGCUUUUACUGAUGAAAGAGACCGAGAUGAGUUAUGAUCUCUGGGGAGAUACGAAAUAAACUAUGAACUGAGAGUGAGUGAGAGAGUUCCGUUUAUUACACGUUUUGAGUUUCUUCCUUGUCUGAAUUAUUGAUUCAUUCUCAUUCAACUUCUUCCUUUGUGUUCC